AUGUCUCCUGAGUCCUUGCGCAUUUUCUUGUUGGGCUCUGGCGGCAGAGAGCACGCUCUUGCGUGGAAACUCUGCCAGUCCUCUCUUGUUGAGCUUAUCGUAGUAUGUCCAGGAAAUGCAGCGACAGAGGAACUUAUCAAGACAAAAAACUGCGAAUACGAGUCACUUGAACAAUCUCUCAGUGUCUCCAAGAGUCACAACAUCAACUUGGCUAUCUUCACCAAAGAAGCAGACCUAGCAGCAGGGGCCGUGGACUUGUUCUCUCAGGAGGGAAUACCAUGCAUUGGGCCGCCGAAGAAAGCGUCGCUGCUUGAAACCUCGAAGGUCUUCGCAAAGCGGUUUAUGACCAAAAACAACAUCCCAACGGCCACUUAUGGCCAUUUUUCGUGUUACGAAGAGUCUCUUCAUUUUAUCGAGGAUCAAUUGGCCUAUGGGAGGAGAAAGGUAGUCCUCAAACAUCCAGGCAUCGGGGCCAGGCAAGGUGUCUUCGUUGCCGAAACGCUUGAAGAGGCAAAACAAACAUUGGUCGCUGAGUUUGGCGGAGAACCAUCUGGUUCAUCUCGUCAGCCAGAAUUUGAUAUACUUGUUGAAGAAUUCCUGGAGGGUCUCGAGUUCACUAUCAUGGCGCUUACGGAUGGCCGAAAUUUCACCAUGUUUCCUCCCUACCUAGACUUCAAGACACGCAAAGAAAACAAUCAAGGCCCGAUGACUGGGGGUAUGGGCUGCGUAUACCCUACGCUCAGGUGUACUGAGUCCAUGUUUCAAGCUUUGACGCAAGGUUUUAUGGCGCGCACAAUUGCAGGCUUGGGUAAGGAAGGACUUAACUUCCGUGGAUUCAUUGCUAUUGGUGUAAUUUUAACUCACGAGGGACCGAUUGCCAUUGAGUAUGACCUAAGACUGGGUGACCCCGAAACACAGGCUUUAAUGCCACUGAUACAGCCUGACCUGGAUCUAGCGAAGGUUUUGGCACAAUGUUAUAGAGACCAGAUAUCCCUCAGCUCACUCCUCUUUCAAGAAGACAGGUUUGCGGCAGUUGUUGUUGCCGUAACAAAGAAAUAUCCACUUGAGUCAGACACCCAGCCUCUCCAUGUCGAUCUGACUACGCCAACUCGGAAAGAUACGAUCAUAUACCACAGCCACACAUUUCAUCCAAAUGUACAGCCAAGCCGGCCCGUUGUGCAAGCACGAGGUGGUCGAGUAUUAAGUGUGCUCGUUAUCGGGAAAGGUGCCCGAGAGCAUGCAUUGGCCUGGCAGCUGAGUCGAGCCAGAUCAGUCAAACAUGUUUUUGUAUUCCCUGGAAAUGCCGGCACACAUGAGGUUGCAGCCAGCAACGGCACAGCCGGGAUUUCCACUUUUGAAGGCGCCAGCAGCUCGGAAUAUCACGAUUUGGCGAAACGCGCCGAGGAUAUCGGUAUAGGUUUGGUAGUUGUUGGUCCUGAUGACGACGUGGUGAAUGGUAUCGAAGAGUCCUUUCGCAAAGUUGGCGUGCCUUGCUUCGCACCUUCGCGCGAGGCCGCAGAACUUGAGGGCUCCAAAGUCUUUGCGAAGGAGUUCAUGAAUAGGUUUGGCAUCCCGACUGCCCACCACGGGAGUUUUGACAACGUCGAGGCUGCCAGUACGUACGUGCGCCGUGUUUUCACCGACAAGAGCCAUCGUAUCGUCAUCAAGGCAGACGGCCUCGCCGCAGGGAAGGGCGUAGUUCUCCCUGAAACACCAGAAGAAGCACUGGAAGAUCUUCGCAGCAUCAUGAGCGACGGCAAAUUUUCUACGGCAGGCUCUUCAGUGGUAAUCGAAGAGUACAUGGAUGGGUACGAGAUUAGCAUCUUGACCUUUAGCGACGGCAAGACCUUCUUUUCUCUUCCGGCUGGGCAAGACCAUAAGCGCAUUCUAGAGGGAAACAAGGGACCCAACACUGGGGGCAUGGGGGUUUAUUCACCUGUGCCCAUGGUAACCCCAGAAGUCUUACAGAAGAUUGAUGAAGUCAUCUUGAAACCCACAUUCGAUGCUCUUGCAAAGGAAGGCCGUCCUUUCUGCGGCCUUCUGUUCACUGGAGUCAUGGUCACCAAAUCGGGCCCUAAAGUCAUCGAGUACAACGUUCGCUUCGGCGACCCGGAAACCCAAAGCUCGAUGCUUCUUAUUCACGAAGACACCGAUCUCGCGAGUGUCAUGCUGUCAUGUACAAAUGGGACACUCGCACAAGUGAAAAACAGCAUCAAGCUUAAGCCAGGUUUUGCAUGCAAUGUUGUCAUUGCAUCCGGCGGAUACCCAGGGGACUGCAAGACUGGAAAGGCUGCUACAUUGAGUUCUCCACCUGAGGGGGUGGUUAUCUUUCACGCUGGGACCCGUAAGGAGGACGGUUUGUUGAAGACCGCGGGAGGGCGUGUCUUUUCGGUUGCUGCUUACGGUGAUACGCUUGAAGAGGCACGUCGCAAGGCAUAUAUGGGUGUCGACUGCGUGUCAUUCGAAGACAUGGUGUACAGGAAGGAUAUUGCUCUGGGGGGUCUAGCCAAAUAA